CAGAUUGCUUCAAAACCAAAAUCUCCCAAAUGACUUCUCCCAAAAACGAGCUUCAACAUCCUCUGUUGGAAACAUACCCUCCCCUUCCGUCCACCAAAUCCUUCACCUCAAAGCAUGCUCACGAAGAGCAAGCAAGCGGCGAGCUGGAACAAGUACUAUGCGACACCGGCAAGCCGUUUUCACAGCGGCUUAAACCCGCCCUAUGGAUCGAGUCUAAGCUCCUCGUCGUCCUCGCCGCCCCCGCCAUCAUCGUGUACAUGAUCAACUAUGUCAUGUCCAUGUCCACCCAAAUGUUUUGCGGCCACCUCGGUAAUCUCGAGCUCGCCGCGUCCUCCCUCGGCAACAAUGGCAUCCAAAUCUUCGCCUAUGGUCUUUUGUUGGCAUUGUGCGUCGAAAGAAAAGUGGAAAAGAAGGACAAAGAGAAGACUCGUAGAGAAAUGUAUUAGUGCUAAGGUGCAAAAUGUGCAUUCUAUUCUAAUAUGAAAUGGGAGGAUUAAAUUCGUUAGAUUACAUGAAUGGUCAAGACUUGUAAGUGAGAGGUUUUAGAUUCGAUUCUCACCAAAGGCAAAGUUGAAGCAUAUUAUUAUGACAAAUCUAUUGUAAGGCUUAGUCCACUCUCUUACCCCUUUAGAGCAGUUCCACCGUGGAUAAUAGCUUGGUGGACUGGCUUUCAAACAGGGCCAGAAAGCCUAAGCAACAUGGUCCAGCGUGUGCUGGCGAUGGAGCCUAAGCGAGCGCGAGGUAGAGGCCUGGCAGGAGUUGCCAGCCCGAGAGCCCGAAAGGCAUGUGACGCAAGGCUGACGUCUGGACGACGUUAGCCACGUGGUGGACGGGCCUGGACAGAGUUGAAGAGCGACAAGACCCUAAUGUGGUGGCGGACAGGUUUGGACAGCUCUUCGUGGAGGUUGAUCUCGAUGUUGGUAACGUUGAUAUCCUGGAGAUAGAGGGUGAGCUUCUCGCCGACUAUUCUCCCCAAUGCCUCCUCCUCCCUUCGUAAAACGAUGCCCAACCGGAGUCCUCCACAUCCGCGACACAUGUCUCACUCGCCAACACGCCGAUCCUCCUGCUCGUCUACUUCCACAAGGCGUUGCAGGCUGAGCUCCUUGAUCUCCGCCUCGUGACCACCGCCACCUUGGAGAGUGGAUCAUGUGACCACCAAGACCGCGACUUCGUUCUCCUGCUUCUGUGGCGGUUUGAGUUCCUCAAGCUCGCGUAUGAGUACCACUGCUCUGCAGAAGAUGUGGUUAGCUCAAAGUUUCCGAAUUGAUUAAACGGUUCCUAAUUUUUCAUAAUUUAACUAAUUAACUAAAUCAAUUUAUUUAAAGUCGAAUUCUUUAGUUCCGAAUUAGCUAAUUGUUUCUAAUUUCUAGAGAUUAGAAUUGCAUAAUUUUAUUAGUUAAUUGCUUGAGCAAACUGUUUUAAAGAUGAAAACUUUAGUCAAAAUUUGACUAGUGUGAGAAGCUGCAUUAACUUUGCAAUGGAAUUUGCAUCUUUAAUCUUUAAUCUUUAAUUUUUACUUUUCUUAAAAUAAUUAUUUUGUAUUAUUUUAUAAAUAAAAAAAUAUUAUUAUUUUAUUACCUAUUGUCAGGGCUAUUCAGUAUAGGGGUGGACAUGCAAAAGACAAUUACUGUUCAUUAAGGACAAUUACUGUUCAUUAGGUAGAUUAAAUAGUGAAUAGUCCUGAGAGGUCUUAGCAACGGUGGAGUUGCUCUUAGGGUAGAUACUAUCUUUUUAAAAAUUAAAAAAUUAAAAAAAAAAAACUAUAUUUUACAUUCUCUAGGUAUGUGGCGAUCUUCAAAAUGGAUUAUGGGGGUUGCAUUUUUCACACAUUACACCUUUGAUUUUUUGAAUUCUUAUGCAUUCUAAUUAUUUGACCUCCUAAGUCUUUCAUUCUAUUCUAUCUAUAACAUGACUUUAGAUUAGUUCUGGGCUAACGUGUAAACAAUAUUUUCAUCACAUGAGCAAAAGGAUA